AUGAAAAAUAAAGAAACGGCUCAUAGGGGCGCAGUGGAGCAAGAGGGGCACCUGACGAGACCAUUCUCAUUGCAGGAGGUACAACACCUGAAGCCCGCUUUCUCACUGGCAGAGGAUGAACCUGUACCCGCCACAAGACUCGCACGUGCCGGGGACAGCUGCCGGAAGCCUCUCCAUAUAGCUCUUCAGCUCCCCGCUCUCAUGGAGGCGCCUCACCUCCUCCACCCCACCCACGUACCUGCCGCCGAUGAAAACCCUAGGAAGGGUCGGCCUUGGCCUUGGCCUCCCAGGCACGGCCAGGAUCCUCCGCAGCUCGUCCAUGAAGGCAGAGUCCAUGGACACGUCCCGCUCGUCCACAGGCACGCGGAAGGCGCGCAGGAUCGUCCGUACGGCCUUGCAGUCCUCGAAGGUGCGGCGGACGACCCGGAGGCUCGUAAAAUCAAGACCGAGUUAUCGGCGCCGGGGACUCGGAUCUCGGGGAAGGCGGUUUCGCCGCCGUCCGGAAGCGGCGGCGGCGAGGGGUGGGAGAGGGUGCGGAGGAGGGCCUUGACGCUGCGGUUGCGGUGGCAGAUGGAGGGCUGGGAGGGUGACUCGAGGGGGCUGCCGCUACCAUCUCCGGCGGCGGAGGCGGCGAAAUCGUCGGGGGAGAAGAGGGUCUGGACGUCCUUGAAGGAGGAGCAGGCGAAUUUGGGGGAAGGGGCGUUGUGGACCCGAGCUCUGGUUUUGGAUCGCCUCAGCCACAUGGGUUCAAAGUAUAUUGAAUCUGGGCCGAUUCACGGCGGUGAUGGGGGUUUUUCAGGCAGAUCGAUCAAGAUGGAAGAAGCUGGAAAAUCGGGCGAGGGUUUGGGGUUUGGGAGAGAGUCGCAGCUUUAUUCCCACCUAAACCGAAACCUGAGGAAUAUCAAUAUCGUUAUCAUCCUCGUCCUCGCACGCCACCACCACGUCCAGGUGGCCACGGCCCCGCGGCAGCUCCACCUUCGCCACAUCCCUCGCCAGCUCAGCAACUUUCCGGUCCAUGCGCUCCCUGUGGCGGGGGAACAUGCUGUUGUACAAAAGACAGCUCCCGAACGAGAUGCUGUACGCAUUCAGGCCCUUAUCGGCCAGCCACCGGAGAAGCUCACGGAGAGUCGGGUUUUCCCGGACGAUCCAACGGUCCCACACGGUCCAGCUCAUGUCGCGGUGCUUGAAGAGCUUUGGGGGCACGGGUUCGGCCAUAGAGAAAAGCGGGAGUGCCAGGUUGGCGAACGUGUUGCGAUAGUCUUCGACCUUGUGGUUAUUGUCGAUGGCUUUGUAGAGCUCGAGGCAGACGAGGCCGGUGGCCAUGGCUGUGGAGGUGGCGAUUGCGGGGAUGAUGCGUCCGGCUAUGAAUUUGGCUUUCAGCUUGUCGACUUCGGGGAUGCUGUAGUUUCGGGCGCGCAUGUUGGCGAGUGCGGAUAUUAG